GGACUAGGAACGCAGCUGCGGCGGUCAUAUCGUGUAACGUUGCUCGAAGAGGCUGACAACACCCGCCACCCCCCGUCAGCAACCUGCAGUAGCAGACGUCUCCCGGUAUCCCCAGAUCGUUGGUACGUGCAGUUUAAGCCCUGGCUUCUCGCUUUCCAUCUGCUUUGUUUUAUUGCUCUUGGUCUACUGGCAUGUCUCUCCUCCCUGCCCCGGUCACCACGCCUCAGUCUCGGUCCCGCUUGGCCAUGGACAAGAUCGCUGGCAUCAAGCGGUCCCAGUCCGUAAGGCUGCCACCCUCGACACCGCUGCGGUCUCCGUUCAGCCAUUGCGGUAAUGGCAAUUCUGGAGAACUUGGCUGGUACUCGCGUUCUGCACGGCCGUUUCCGUUGCUUCACAAGAAGAAGACUCUCAGUCUAGACGCUGCUUAUCACGGUUCUCUGCUUCCAGCAUUUGACUCGGCAGCCACUCUACCUCCAAUUCCAUCCGAUGACGAGCCCGGGACGAAUGCGGGAGGGAACGUCGUUGUAGGGCUUGCUCAGCGUGUCCAGGUGCUUGCACCUCAAACGCUGAAGACGAGGAACGAGAGCGACUCCCGCUGUGCAACCGAAGACCUUCUUCGCCUGGACAUCCACAACCUGACCGCAGAGAAGGACGCCUUACGCAUGCAACUGACUUCAUUGCAGGGAGUCAUUCGCUCUUCCUCACGCCGCAUGAACGACUGCGUGGAUGCGUCGACCAUCGCACUCGAGACCGAGCGUGAGCUCAGGCACGAAGUAGAGGCCCGGGCUCGGCGCGCAGAAGACCGUAUCGCCGUACUGCAGAACGAGAAUGCCGUCCUGGCACAAGCUCAAGUGAAGGCUGAGAAGGAGGCGGCUCGGCGGAUCACUGAUGCAAGGGCGUGGCAAGGGAAGCUCCGCACUAUGCAGGAUUCGCAGGAGCUCGCCGUCGAAAACAGCCGUAAAAUCGAGGAGCUCGAGAAGGAAAACUGCGAACUCAAGACGGCCAUGCAUGCCUUCGCUAGAGGCUCAACAGAAAUGAUUGUUCUGCAGUUGGAGCUCAUCAUCGAGAGACUGCGAGCGGAUCUUGCUCGUUGCAAGGAGCAGGAAGAAAACCCGAAGGCUAGAGGGAAGGAGAACGAGUUUCGCAGGCGCGACUCUUGUGUUCUGCAAGAGAUGCGCAAGACGACGCAAGCUAUCAAGCGUCGAUCUCAGGACAGCACGAAGAUAUUGCAAAGUGCGACGGUAUUGCGUGAAGACGGCAACUCACGGCAGAGCAUCCGCGACCGUCCAAUCUCGAUGUCCGUUCUUAUGUCGUAGUUUCUCUGAUGUAGUCUGCAUCGCCGUCAUUGUACUCCCUUAUCUUCCAUGCCAAUUGCAGGAACAACGUCGAACAACAUGUCUGUGAUA